UUUAAAGAUGGACAGAGAAAUAUCUUUCAUCUCCUGGUUCACUGCCAAAAUGGCCACAACAGCAAGGUAUGGGCCACACCAAAUCCUGGAGCCAAGAACAGCAUUCUGAUUCUCCAUGUGGUUGGCAGGAGACCAAGUACUUUGGCCAUGAUCUGAUGAUUUCUCAGGUGCAUUAGCAGGGAGUUGGAGUGGAAGUGGAGCAGCUGCAACUCAAACCACCACUCCAAAUAUGGAAUGUCAGCAUCACAAGUAGUAGGUGAAGCACUGUGCCACAGUACUGGCCCUCCUAACUCACUUUCCUUUCAUACCAAUUCCUUGGAUACUGAACCCACUCCUGAGUAAAGGACUUUAAUCCAUUCAUGAGGCAGAAGCUUCAUGAUGAAAAUACUUCCCAAUGGACCUUACCUCCCAACACUGCUGCACUGGGGGUUGAGUUUCUAGCACAAGACUUUGGGAAACAAAUUCAGAAAACUAUAGCAGAAGGAAUCUACUGAAAGAAGAGAUAGUUUGGCCACAUUUCCACCAUUUCCAUGUCUAUCUAUACCUAUGACUUCCAAGUCAUACUGUUUGGGUCUUCUGGUGGUUAUCUUUUCAAUUUUAAAGAAUAUGUUGAAAUUGUAUAUUUUGUUGUCUGUUUUAGUAAACACAUUUGUGUGACAUUACCUGUCAUAUCUCUCUACUGCUUUAACAUUUAUGUUAUAUUAUUUUUAGAUACAUACUUCUAUUGCUUUUACUCUCAAUCAGAGUUGUUGUUGUCUUUCAUGUUUUAUUUGUAUGCUGGCUGGGCAAACUGAAAUAGCAUUUACAUUAUUCCAAUUAUUAAAUUGCCCUAUACUCAUGGACCACUUAGAAUGGGUUUACCUGUUGAGGGAAAACAUGUAAUCUUAGGACAUUAAAAACUGAAAUACAUUUGUCAAGUGUUAGAUCAUGGGAUUCCUUAAGCUUAGCCUUCAAACCCUCAAGAAAUUACUCAUUUGGCUAAUAGUGUGUUUAAUAUCUAGGAUCAUAAACAUAAAACAUUAAAUGUUUCUGAUUGUUCUUAAUUCUUAGUCACUCUUUCCCUUCUUGAUUCUGGAAGUGUUAACUUUUUUUAAAUAUCAAUUUUUCUUUUCUUUUAGGUAUCUAUUUUCUUCAGGAGUUAACUGUUACAUCUGUUUUCCUUGAACUUUCUCCCUUUGCCUCUUGUGUUAUCCUGUUUUGAAGCUGAGUUGUUUUUUUUUUUUCCCCUUCAUCUCUAUGAAUCAUGGCAAAGAGUUUGUAAUAUUAGUACUACAGUUUUCUUCUGUGGUGUAAGAACUCUCCCUUUAAUGAAAAGAUGAUAGUGCCUAUGUACCUAUUUAAGGUGCAUUUAGAUUUUUUAAAAAAGAUUUAUGUAUUUAUUUGAAAGGCAGAUUUACAAACACACACACACACACAUACACACUCAGAGUGGGGGAGAGAGAAAAAGAAAAGGGGAGGAGAGAGAGAGAGAUAAAGAGAGAGAAUCCUUACUUCAUUCCUCAAAUGGCUGCAACACCUGGGGCUUGGCCAGGCUGAAGCCAGGAGCUUGGAACUCCUUAUGAGUCUCCCACAUGGAUGCAAGAACCCAAGGACUUGGGCCAUCACCUGCUGCUUUCCCAGGUGCAUUAGCAGGGAGGUGGAUUGGAAGCAGAGCAGCUGGGGCUCAAAUUGGCUCUCAUAUUGGAUGAUGGUGUUGCAGAUGGCAGCUUAGCUCACUGCACCACAACACCAUCUCCAACAUAGAUAUUUUGUACGUCCCAUAUCUUACAGUUGUUUUAAAUUUUUCAAAUAUUGUCUCAAAAUUUUAUUUAUUUCUUAGUGUUAUGGCACAUUCUUAUCUGGUACUCAGGGAUCCACUCAUAUCACUGAAUGCAGUCUUUGUCCUCAGCUGGGUUCCCGAAAGGCUCAGUAUGACUUCCAGUUACGUUCCACAGAGGGCAGAAAAGGGCACAGAGACAAGUGCUUUCUGUCAGGAUGUGGGGAUGCAUCACGUGGUGGAGCAAAUAUGACAGCAUCAGAGCAGCAGAUUGAGAAGGGAAAACUCACAGUAGCAGUGACUCAGGAUGAAGAUCAGGUUGAGCACAGAGUGGAAAGUGUUUUUAUUGUUGUUUGCUUCACAGGUAGAGUGACAGACAGGAAGGGGGAGAGAUGGAAGGAGAGAGAACUCUUCCUUCUGCUGGUUCACUGCCCGGUGGCUGCAGUGACUGAAACUGGGCCAGGCUGAAGCCAGGAGUCAGGAACUCCAACCAUGUCACCCAUGUGGGUGGCAGGGGCCCAAGUACUUGCACCACCUUUGUUGCUUUCCCAGACACAUCAGUAGGGAGCUGGAUCGGAGGAAGAGCAACUAGAAGUGAAACUGGCACUCCCAAAUGGGAUGAUGAGGUUGCAUGCAGGGGCUUAACAUAUUGGACCCCACUGCCACCCCAAGAAAGGGCUGUUAAAACUGGCCACCGUGGACAGCCUGGCCAUUGUCAUGAAGGUGGGUCUAAAUGCUUAAAUUAACAGAUGUCUCCUGCCAGCUCUGACAGCUGAUGCCAACUUGCUGUCUGAGAGUUGGCAACAAGCUGCCCACAGAGGUUAAAAUGUUUAGAACCAGCCAUGAAAGAGAAGAGAGUGAGUGAGUUUGAAUGAGCACCCUCUCUAGAUACAGAGAGUGAUGAAGCCUCAGAUACAUGCCAGGUACCUGAGUCUGCAACCUCCCUGGACAGGAUGUGAUGUCACAUAGAGGAGUGUUUUUCCCUCCUCCACAGGGGAAAGCAUUGCUUGAUUGUGGAAACACUGUGUAACUCAGGAAUCCAACAAUCCUGACUACAAAAGGUUGAAUAUGUGGCUCUCAGUUAUUUAACUCCACUAAGCAUCAGUCUUUACAUCUGUGGAAUGGAAAUAAAGAUUCUUAGCUCACAAUGUGAAGUGGAAGAAGUGAGGUUGUGUCCGUAGGCCACCUGGCCAGGAGCUUGGCACCUUGUCAUUGUUCCAUGUAUUUGAUUUUACCACCUGUUCCUUCUCCCUUCUCUGGACAUAGAAGCACACCCACGAUACCAUUUGCUAGUUUGCAAGGGGAAGGCUUUCUGCCUCCAGGAAGCAUACCUGAUGUUUACAGGAUUACUGUGUUAGGUACAAUCCUCAGUUCUCUGUAGUAUGACCUCAUGUAAUUGUCCUGACACCCUCUUGAGGAGCUCUGCCCAUCAUGUCUGCAAAUACAGGCACUGAGACUUUAACAGAUAAUUGCUUUGCUCAGUGUCCCAUAGGUAGUAAAUAAUGAAAGCAGAUUCAAAACCACGUAGUUUGACCCCAAAUCUCCUGUGAUCAUCUCUACAAAGUCUUCUUUUCUAUAUUGCCAUUUCAACACUCACUUAAAGUUUUAAGGAAAAAAUAGAAAGAAGAAAAUAGCUUUGUGUUGUGGUGUGAUGUGGUUAAAUACUGGUAUUACUGGCAUAGCAUCACCUUGAUAUGCUAUUUGGCAUUUAGUGUAGAAACAUCAGUGUUCAAUGCAAUAACUGAAGUAAGACUGAUGUGGUGUGAAUUGUGUGUCUCCAAAUUCCCAUGUUGAAUCUCACCUCUUUCUCCCUGCCUUGUAAAGAAACAGCAAGGAGAUACCAGCCAGGAAAGGUGGCAAAAUCAGUGGGACAUCUGAUCUUGGCCUUUCAGCCUCUCAACUUUAAGAUAAAUAAAUGUCAUAUUUUUACACAUUACCCAGCCUUAGAUGCUUCUAAAGAAACAAACAAAUCAAGACAAAAAUAAUAAAAAUACCUACUUUUGGGGCUGGCAUUGUGGCGCAGGGAUUAAGUUGCUGUUUGUGAUGCCAACACAUAUCAGAGUGUGAGCUGGGGUCCCUGCUGCUCUCAUUCUGAUUCAGUUUUCUAUUAAUGCACCUGAAAAGACAGAAAAUUAUGGUCAGAGUACUUGGACCAUGACUAUUCAUGUUGGGGACCAGGAUAGAGCUCCUGACACAGCCUUAGGUGUGGAGUGAACCAGAGGAUGAAAAAUCUCUCUCUGGCUGUCCCUCUGCUUUUCAAGUAUAUAAAUAAAUAAAGAAAAACUUAUUUUAGUAUUGUAUAUAAUGUUACUAUAUACAAUAUUAUAUAAUUUUAUAGUAAUAUUCAAUUAUACUGUAUUUUUUGGGAGAACUGAAUGAAAGUUUGCUGGUAUCUCUGUGUUAUUUGUUACAACUCUGUGUGAAUCAACAAUUGAAGAAUCGAAACAUGGGGCCAAAAUCAAGGAAACCAGUAUGUCAGCCUGUGAGAAUCCUGGUUAGGACAUGAGCCUCAGAGUGGUGACAUCAUAAUGGUGGGCUGUCCUGACUACUGCAGAAUCUGGUCUUUGUGGAUUAGCCCACAGUGUUUUAGCGAUUGCUGCAGACAGGACUGCAUUCUAGUGCUUAAAAUUGAAGAAAAAAAAGAUGUUUUCAUCAACCAAAAAGCGUUUAAAACGUUUUGGACGUCAUUCAAAAGUUCACUGCGCCAGGGACAGCUUGCUCCCUGCGGUUGACAACCGAAUUGAAAAGAUCACAUUGCUGGAAGGUGUUGACCAUGAAAUCCUGAUCCAUGGCCCUGUGACCUUAAGAGCUGGAUUGAAGAAAAAGAAGCAUUUGGCAAUUUUGUAUCAUUUGGUUUUACUAAUAUCUAACUCAAGCUAUGAGAAGUCUCUCAACAUAAACUACAGAAUACCAGUGAACCACCUAUGGAUAGCUGAAUGUGGACGUGAUACACAGAGAAAAGGCAAACCCUGUUUAGUCGAGAGAUCGUUCCGUCUGGGAUGGCCACUGUUGAAUUUUGUGGCCACUUUCCCAUCUUCAGCGAUAAAAGAAAAAUGGUAUUCAUUACUUGAAAGGCAAAUAAAUUUAGCCAAAGAAGAGAACUACAUGCAUAGCAUCCUUACUGAAAUCAACAUUGAGGCUAUGAACAGAAGUACUUCUUCUAUAAUUGUGACAGUAACCAAUUUAGACACAGCGAAUGAUGUCAUCAACCUAUCACUGCCAGUACUAGGAUUAACUGGCUCUGAAAAAGACUACCAACUCUUGGUCAACUCUGCAAAUGAAGAGGUUCCACAGCCUCUUAUUGGACACGAAAAUAUAUACACAAUUCAAACAACCUACCUUCGAGCUGAGCACCCGUCACCUGCAUCUGAGAAUGCUGUCGUUCUUCCCAGCCUCCACGAAUCUACCUUAGAAGAGUUGUGCUCACAUGUAUGUGGCUAUUUCAUUCUGAAACCCAGGUGCCAGGCCACAGGCCAGUGCAAGAGUGGUAGGCACAUGACCCGACUGCUCAGGCUGAACAAGAGCAAAAAGCGGGGUGAUCUGACCAAGGGGGACUCUUCAGCAGCUCCUUUGUCAGUCCAGUUCCAUGCAGCCUCCCUCUUGGUGCUGUCUAGGAAGAAAAAACUGACUAGCCCACUUUUGGAUUUACUUUACUUUAUUGACAAAGGAUCACAGGCAGAGGGAAUAUUCAGGAAACCAGGAAGCAUAGCAUCUUACACAGCCCUGAAGCAAAAAAUAAGUUCCGGAGGUACAGUUGACUGGAGCAAUGAAUCUCCUCUUGUGGCAGCCACUGUAUUACAGGAUUUUCUUCGAAGCCUGCCAGGAACUAUAUUUUCAGCCAAGCUGUAUGACCAGUGGCUUGAUGUAUUUGAGAAAGAGGACGAGAAUAAAGUACCUGCGAUUCAGAGGCUCUUAGCCCAGCUGCCGAAGGCCAAUUUUAUUAUCCUGAAGUGCCUGUUUGGGUCCCUAAACAAAAUUGUUCAACAGUCUACAUUCAAAAUUAUGACUACCUCAGACUUAUCAUUGUGUCUUGCCCCAAGAAUUCUUCCUCUAUGGCAUUCAACUUCCAGAAGCUCAGAGGUAGCAGAUGAAUUAAGGAAGAAGAACUGUCCUGAGAUAUUUAAAGAUGCCACCAAUUCAGUCUUGCGGAAGAGACCCAUGAUUUUCUACAACAAUACUGGGGACAAUGCUGUGAAUUGCAAUAAUGUCUCGGGGGACAGUGACAACAUUGUGGAUACUAAGGAGGUGCAAUCUCUUGAUUGCCAACCCAUGGAUGUGACACUGAUUAAAACAAGUGAAGAGCUGAAGGGUGACUCUAAGUCCACCUUUGAUAUGGGCCCACCCAGCUUUAUGUCAGAAUUUUUACUAGAUAACCUGGUACCACUUCUGGUGCCUACCCCCAUUUCAAGCAUAGAUACUGAUUACACAGAUCACGUAGAGGAAGACCUCAGAUCCAUAACUGAGGAAUUGCAGACACCUCUGGAGUCCUGCUCAAGCAUAGAGACUGAUGAGGAAGCACAAGUUGGGGAAGUUGACAAGGCCCCACCUGAUCCCCACCAGGAACAUACUCAAAGUGAACAUUCUUUAAGAAAGUGGCUGAAUCAGUGGGGCUCUUAUGGAAGCAGGGACAGCUCGCUUGAAGAACCUACCCUGCCCACACCUGAGCCACCUCAGCUAUUUGGGUCUCUAAUCCAAGAUGUUUGCAAGAAUGACAACUUGCCCAGACCUCUCUUGGAUAUGCUUUUCAUAAUUGAGCACAAAAGUCUGUGCACACCGGGCAUGUUUAGAAAACAGGGCAAUCGGAAAUCAUGUAGAGCACUGCAGAGGAAAUUGAAUUUGGGACGCCAGGUGAAUUGGAAGAGGCAGUCUGUUCUGGUGGUUGCAACCACCUUCAUGGCUGAUCCAACUCCACAAAAUACCUGCUUAACACAUAUUAUUGAUAUGGGUGCUAUUGCAGACCAAUGACAUAGUGAAGUUUUACUGGAAUGGGACUGUGUCUUCUGACUUCAUUGUUUCAUCUCAAGUGCUACUGACUGCAGGACAAAUAAUAGUUAAAUAAAUAUUAAAAUGUAUGAAUAUUCAUUGGAUUAUAAUGAUGAUAGUUGCCUGGAUUCAUUUCUUAAACCAACUACUUAUGCUUAGAUAAAGAAACUGAAAUUUCAUAAAGUUUCAUGGGCUCAAUUUCACGUUAUUAACAUUGUUCAUCAGUGCCAUAAAUGAGCAAACUUUCCUUGGAUCCACUAGCAAGCUUAUCUAUAGUCUGGGUAACUAAAGACCUGGAUUAGUGAUAUAUCUAAAUUAUGCUUAAAAUCUUCUUGUGGGGAUUGUACGUGUUUCAGCCAAUGGAUGUAAAGAAUAACUUGUAGGUAAAAACUAGGCAUAUGGUAAUAUAUGCAAGGCCUUUCUGCUUAUAACUAUAAAGAGGGGCCAAUGCUGUGGCUAGUAGGUUAAACCUCUGCCUGCAGCACAGGCAUCUCUUAUGGGUGCCAGUUCAAGUUCCGCUUACUCCACUUCUGUUCCAGCUCCAAGCUAAAGGCCUGGGAAGGCAGUGGAAGAUGGCCCAAGUGCUUGGGCCCCUGUACCCACAAGGGAGACCAGGAGGAAGGUCCUGGCUCCUGGCUUUGGAUCAGCCCAGCUCUGGCCAUGGUGGCCAUCUUGGGAGUGAACCAGCAGAUGGAAGACCUUUUUCUCUGUCUCUUCCUCUCUGUGUAUAAUUCUACCUCUCAAAUAAAUAAAUUUUUAAAAUAAAAAGACCUAUAGAGAGAUUAAUUUCCAUAAAGACGUGAAGAAUGAGACUGUGAUGUGAGUUUUCUCCCUUUGAGAACACACAACUCAAGUCAGAAACUUUCAUCUUCACUUUCCAAGUGUAUAUGAGUGUAUGCAUGGAUGUAGAUAUUUAUGUUAUCUGAUUUCAAACCUUUACUGCUGGAAAUUAAAACUAGUGGGCAUGAAAUAAACAGGCUAAAUGUGUAUAUUUAUUUCUUAUCAAGAAAAUCGUAGAAGUAAUAUGGCUCAACAACAGAUCUUACUAGUUUGUAAGAUGUUUCUAAGGAAGGAAGUGUCAGAUAAUGGCAGUAGACUUUGUCUCCAUUCCCACCACUGUCUAGACACCCUGUAUGUAUUCUCUGCUUUUGGACACAGAAAAUCCACAUGCAUGCUUCUGUAGAACAAGUUAAGUGGAGAGUUGGAGAUAGUCUUGGAGCUGUCACAGUUUGGUGUCUGUGAAGAACAUUGGAACUAAACUCAAAGCAUCAAAAGUUUUAUUUCUAGGUUAGCCAAUGGCUGUUCCCAUGAGAAU